CAGACAGAGUGAAGUGUCAGACGGUGUUCUUCUGCAGUUUAACAACUUUUCUGCAUCAGGAUCAAAGUCAGAAUGAAAAUCUUUCAUGUUCUCUUCUUCUGCUUCUUGUCAGGUCCAGCUGUGCUCGUCAAGGCAAAACAUAAUAUUUGGUCUGCAGCUGAAGGAGUAAAUGGCACACUUAACUGCAACUUAACUUUGUCUGGAAGCACAAAGUUCUUCUGUAAGGAAAAAUGUGAGCGAGCAGAAGAUAUCCUCAUUAAAACAGAUGGAAGCACAGCUCAGAGUGGGAGAUUCAGCAUUAAAUAUAAAGAUGGAUCUUCAGGAAGAGGAAUUGUGUUUUUGACCUUCACACACAUGAUCAAAUCUGACUCAGGACUGUACAGGUGUGCUUUUGGAAACUCUUCUCCAGAUUCAUACUAUGACUUUGAGGUCAGAGUUUCAAAUGAUCUGGAUAAAAACAUUGGUCUUUAUCACACAGAAAUGAAGGGAGAAAACAUCAAAUUAGUAUGUUCAAUUAAUGCGUACGGACAGAGGAAGUUCUUUUGUAAGAAUCAGUGUAAGAAUAAAGGGGAGAUCCUCAUUGACACAACUAAUAACAAAGCUGUGAGUGGCAGAUACAGCAUUGAAUACACAGCAGGAUCCAUGUAUGGACUGUAUGCAACCAUCACACAGCUGACCAAGUCAGACACAGGAUUGUACAUCUGUGGUUAUGGAAACCCUCUGUCUCCAGAUUCAUACGAGAGUGAAUAUGUUCUUGUCAGUGAUGCAACAACACAGAGUGAAAGUGUCACUGCAGGAGUCUCUACACAUGGUCCUGACUCCUCCUGGCUUCUGGUUGUGCGUGCGUCCUUGGAUGGUGUUUUGCUGAUGGCUGUUUUCCUCAUGCUCUUCUACAUUAGUAAGACAAGGAGGAACUUUGGACUGAACACCAGAGAAAAUGACACAAACAUGGAGUUAUCUGUCGGGUAUGAGAACUUUGAUCCAACCUCCAAACACGAAGAGUCCAAAAGCAGCAGGACCAAACCUACUCUGCAUUAUUAAAGACCAAAAUCUAAAAAGUAAAAAUUAAUUUUGGCCAUCUACUCUCUGAGGUUAUCUCCUCUUCCACACCUGCUUUUUGUUGAUAUUUUUGGACAUAUUUCUGAGAUUUCACUAAAAGCUUUGGAUACGAGGAUCGCCUCCUAUAUUAUUUGCUUCACUAUGCUUUAAUGUGUUCCUGUUAUAUAAAUGCUUAUAUGCAUUGGCAUAGUUAAUUGCAGAGGUGGGAAGUAACAAAGUACAAAUACUUCAUUAUGGUCCUUAACUACAAUUUUCAGGUAUCUGUAUUUUACUUAAGUAGUUUCUUUUCUUAUUACUUUUUGCUUUUACUCCUUACAUUUUUAAACAAAUAUAUGUACUUUCUUCUUCUUACAUUUUCAAAAUAGACUAGUUACUUUAGGCUUAAUGCAUUUGAGGGGAGUUAUUAUUUCAUUAAUGAGAGCCUUUAAAUAUCCAACUUAAAUAAGAGAGUCUCAAGAGUUGAACUGGGACUUAAACCAGCAACCUUUGAGUUAUUGCUCUGAGUUGUGCCCUAACCCUCUAAAGUUAACUAUUAAAUAUUUUAAUCAAUUGACAUCUCCAGUUUUUACUUCUGAGUCUACAGUGGAAGAAAUAAUCUGUUCCCCUUUCCUUAUCAGUUGAACCAGGGCGCCACCUUGUGAUAAAAAUAGAACAUUUCUUCACCCCUGAACAUUUUAAAACAUGAAAUAUGUUCAGAGCAAAUUACAGUGU